GAGGAGUGGAAGGUAGAGCUUCCUAAUGGCGACGUCCAGGCCAAGCGAGUCCAGAUCCCUUUGAUCCUCGCAUGGGCGCUCUCUAUUCACAAAGCCCAAGGACAGACGCUCGAGCGAGUCACUGUCAAUCUGGGGAAAGUGUUUGAGAAGGGUCAAGCGUAUGUUGCACUGAGCCGUGCUACAAGCCAACAGGGACUACGAGUUUUGGGCUUUGACAAGAAUAAAGUCAUGGCCCACCCCCGGGUCAUU